CGCACUGCACUCGCCAGUGAGACUCUCAGCACGCACCGCGCGCUUUCUAUCUGGAAACUUUCGAAAAGGAUUCGUUAUAAACUCAUUACCUUCAUGUCGGAACUGCUGAAUAUUUCCUCACCGAUGCUAUGGUUACCUUUAUUACGAUCUUACAGGUGAAUCUAGUGAUGUCCAUCUUGCUGUACGUGAUGUUCCUCGCGUACCUCUACGGUAUCUCAGCCUCUACGAUGGACAAGCAGCGGCCCACGCAGGACCCCAUUAACACGCUCAUCAUAAAGCUCCUGCAGGCCGACAUCAGCCGCAGCCGACCGAAGCAGGACGCCCUCGACGCGCUUCCUUCCCCCACCGUAAACGCAACCGCAGCGACCGACUACAAGGAGAAAUACAUCUCGACUGUCUAUCAGCCCGUGACGGACAUCUCGUCGGAGCUGCUGCGUCAGCACAAGCGUUACAACUCGCCACGCGUGUUCCUGAGCGAAAGGCCUCCGCUGCAACCGCCGCCGCUCUACCUAACGAAUGACUUCGUCAGUAACCUGGACGGCAACAAGACACGGCAGAAGCGCUACGCCGAGCACAAAAGCUACAGGGCCGAGUUCUCUGUGUGUGACAGUAGGAGCCAGUGGGUGAUUGACAGGACUACGGCCGUGGACAUUCAGGGACGACAGGUCAAGGUUUUAAAGUACUUCAAUGCGGGAGGCAAAGACAUGAACCAGUACUUUUACGAGACAAAAUGUGAGACCGCCAAGCACACCAAGGGCAGCUGUCGGGGGAUUGACGAGAAGCACUGGAACUCGCAGUGCAAAACCUCGCAGUCUUACGUGCGCGCGCUCACUCAGGAGAAUAAUUGGGUGGGUUGGCGCUUUAUACGGAUAGACACCUCGUGCGUCUGCGCACUCUCACGCAAACACCGCAGGACGUGAAAAACACUGCAGCCACUCAACCCAGUCUUUCUAUUGUUCCCUGUAAAUAUAUAAAUAUAAAUUAUUAUUUAAGUUAUAUGGAAUGCAUAUAGUUUAUACAUGUCUAUGUAUAAUGUUUAAAUAUACUUGUUAUUUAUUUAAGCUGUUUGCAAAGGAAAAUCUUUUUAAAAAAAGAGAGAGAAUGAGAGAGAGAGACUUACGAAAACAUGCAAUGCCGUUAAGCUACAGGAGCAUUGCAUGCUGAAUUGUGCCUUGCUCGCGUAUCAGAGUCAGAGGACACGUCACUCCACUAGACCUUGGGAACAGUUGCAAUGGAAAACGCAGAUAACUCAAUAUCAUAUUAACUUCAGUAUUGUUCAAGAAAACCUGUUUUUCUACUGAAACAGGCUGUCAGUAUAUCCUUUUCGUAUCCGGGAAAACAAACCACAGUCGGGAUGUUGUAUGAAAAUAUGUAAACAUACAGUAUAUGUGUAUCGAAACUGCAUGAAAUACCUAAGAAAUAUUUUUGUACACCAUGAAAACAUGAUGGAAAAGAAUCUAAAUGCCACUAACAACUGGAAUAUUAGUCACAAUUCUAGUCAAAUAUUUAUAGAUAUCCCAAAAAGUGAUAUAAAAAUAUGGUUUAGUCUUUCACAAAUUCAAUCUAGGCAGUAUAUCGAUUCUAGAUGGCCUUCUGAAAGUAUUUAGGUGAUAUUCACGACAUCAUUUUGUGCACAUGCCGACAUAGCCGUAGGAAAGUGGGGAAGAAAGCAGCCAAAUAUUAACCUGCAAGGGUCGGAUGAUGAAACUACUGCACACAAUUAGUAGUGCUGAAAAAGGCUUUUCAGCAGAUGGGUGAGCAAAGACUCCUCCCACUGGCCACAUCCUUCAUCAGAAGCCCCGCCCAGCCCGCCAGAGACUAGUGUGACCACCACGACCACCAGAAAUAAGCUUAGUGCACUUUUAGCCUCUUUUCGAUCACCCACUUUGAUCAAUUGCUGAUCUACAAACUUAGAGCGAAGCCAGCAUGCAUAAGAGCAGCAUGUAAACAAAAGGACAUCUAAAUGGGCCAUUGCUAAUGACACUGUAGUCUUACACAGAGGUAAAGCUGCCAUAAGACGCUGUACAUACAUGCAGAGCUGGGAUUUGAACACGUAAUCUCCCCCUUAAGAGGGUUUCCCUCUUGUCAGACUCAUCUUAGGAGAUAAGUAUUUCACCGGUGUGCUGCGGCUAUAAAAAGGCCUGCCAUGUUUUCCUUCUCUACCUUUAUAUAAGGAGACCUACUCACUCGAUAGUCUUGAGACACUAAGGUGAAGAGAUUUCUAUGUUCGUUCAAGGAAGCCUCUUCAUCAAAUUGAUUACAUAUACGUCAGAGUAGAUCAUGCUUUGUACCGCUCCACAAUAAAUAUGAUAUACCCAAGACAACACGAAAAGCAAAGCAUGAGAGGCAUAUAGACAGCACGUUCAGGGAAGAGCAUUUUAAAAGCCAGGCAGCUGCGGCUCGGCUUUUGUUCAGGCUUAUCUUCGUGACACGUGACUCAGGUCACCUCUGAACUGUCCGAGUGUCCCCAAGGAACGUCAUAUAGAACCCAACAUUUGUGGGAUUGAUGUUAUUUUUAGUUACCCACACAUAUUUACUUCUCUAUCAGCAUAGCAAGAUAAGCCAGAAUGUGGUCCAAACUCAUUACUACAUCAAGCGAAGUGCCAAGACUUUGUCCUCCAUGUCCGAACAUAAAACUUUAUUAGCAUGCAAUCGUUUAUUAUGAUGUGGCUAUAAAAAGAUUGAUAUAAAAUUAGUUUUAUUGCAUUUUCAUGGUUCAUGAGAGGGUGGAUAGAUAAAGGCACUAAAAUCGAACUGUUUUUCACUUGGUGACCGGAUAUCCAGUGCUUGUAUUGGGUGUGAAGACUCGAAACAGAACCGCAAACCACCAAGGAUACAACACACCUUUUUCGAAUUCAAUAUCACGGCUGAUUACGUCCCGCUUCAGUUCGUCCCUCUUUGGAAAAACAGGAUAAAAUGCUGAACACAGGACCUUUCAAGGAUACUGCUGGGAAUGGCCCACACAGUUGUCCAAAUGCAUUGCCUUUCCUGUAACACUCAUUAUUACACUGGAACAUGAGGAUCCCUAAACUAUUUUAUCUUUGCUCAGUCUUGGAUGACUUUCACUGAAACAUUCCUAUGUAUUUGAUGCUGUCUUGAAAAGCCCUGCUGGUGUCAUGCAUACUGUGUAGGAUUCUUGCUGCUUUAAACCACUACAACCGACCUUAUAAUGGACCAACGGCCAUUGCUGAUACCCUUGGAUAACUCUUUUAUGCUGAAAAGGAAACUGUGCCAAAACACUCCGAACUCUAUUUAAGGACUUCAUGCUUCUUAAUAAUAUUCAGACAAUUAUCUCCGCUAUGUCUAAAUUCAGAAAGUUGCGAGGAAAGUCCCUAUUUUAGUAAAGAGGAAAGACUUGUCUGUUUAGUGAAGUAGUUUUUAUUGGCUGUACCCAAUACCCAUUAUUUGUAUUUUUUUAUGUUAUUUUAUUUUUUAUUUUCGAGAGAGAUACUUUCCCAGAAUGGUAAUGUCUCUCAAAAUGUCUUUCUCGUGCUGAUACUUGAAGGAGUGCUGUUUAUCUGGCCUACACCAUCCUCUUUUCGCUGCGAGGGCAGUCUGUGUGAGAUUUGUCUGAAUAAAGUUUUUUUUUUAAAUCUU